AUGGUUUUUACUGUCAGAGGAUCAAAACACGGAGCAUAUAUAGAUGGCAAACAUAGAGCAGCUUCGAUGAGAUGCAAGGAGAAACUGAAGAAGAUUGCAACUGCAAAACGCCAGAUAUGUCAAGAUGCAUCUAGUAAAACAAGACAAACAGCUCAGGAGGUCAACAAUAUAAUUAAUCUUUGUCCGCAAAAACUGGAGGCUAGCUCUAUGAGAUUUGCUUCUCUUUGA